CGAAGUAAACCUACAUCGUCGUCUGCACUGAUGACUGAUUACAAUGUUGUUUUUUGAUUUCGUGUUCUUUCUCAUGUGAACAUUAAACAUUGAUCAGUUUCUUUGGUAGACAUUUACAAAACGUAAGUAUUAAUUUUUAUCCAUAUUUAUCUGAUUAAUCCUUUUUUUAAUACAAAUAUCCAUGAUCAAUAAAUUUCUCCAAAUUCCAUUAACGAUAUAAGUAAUUUAUUUGUGUCGCAGAUAAUAUUAGUCUGAAACUCUGAAACUACCGGUGUUUGAGUCUUAAUUUUAAGUUUUUCUUAGGUUGUGGGUUAAGUGUACUCGGAUAUAAUAAGAAUGCUUGAACGCAAAUCAAAUUUUUUCGUGCGUUAUUUCUUUAGAUUUGCUAUAUAUUCUUAACAAGUGAAUAUUAUUAAACGAAUAUAAUUUUGUUCCUGCAUCACUUGUCUGCUGUUUAAAUUAUGUUUAUACGUUUUAUCUACAUACAUAAUUAUUGAUCAUGAUAUUUGUAUUUUAGGUAUUACAAUGGGUAGGGUUAUUCGUGCUCAGAGGAAAGGUGCGGGAAGUGUUUUCCGUUCUCAUACUAAACAUCGCAAAGGUGCCCCAAAACUCAGAAACUUGGACUACUCUGAAAAAUAUGGUUACAUAAAAGGAGUUGUUAAGGUAAAUAUCAUUCGAUGUAUGACUUUAAUUACUACCUAAAUAUAUUAAACAUCUAUUUUUUUUUUUUUCAUACUUAAAUUACAAUUAUCUUUUGUACUACUUUAUUUCAGUUGUUAAUCAGUGAAGUUUAUAUUAUUUUACCAGAAUAUCAUAUUUAAUAUAAUUUAACAUUGUUUAUUUACUCUUCUAUGAACAUUUUAUUUAACUUCCAGGAUAUUAUUCACGAUCCAGGUCGUGGAGCUCCUUUAGCUGUUGUUCAUUUUAGAGACCCAUACAAAUAUAAGACCAGAAAAGAAUUAUUUAUUGCACCUGAAGGUGUAUAUACUGGCCAAUUUUUGUACUGUGGAAAGAAAGGUAUGUCAUUAAUCAUGAUUAAUUAAUUCAUUUUUUUUUAAAUUUUCAGAUUAAAAAUAUCUUUAUUAUAUUUUAAAAUUAUUUUACUUUUUUUAGCCAAAUUGAACAUUGGUAAUGUUAUGCCUAUUGGUGUAAUGCCUGAAGGUACUAUUAUCUGUAAUCUGGAAGAGAAAACUGGUGAUCGUGGUCGUUUGGCUCGUGCUUCUGGUAAUUAUGCUACUGUUGUUGCUCACAAUCCAGACUCAAAAAAAACUAGGGUAAAGUUACCAUCAGGUGCAAAGAAAGUAAUUCCAUCAAACAACCGUGCCAUGGUUGGUAAGUAUUAUUACAUUUUUAUGACCUAUCUAACAUGUAUUCGAUUUAAUUUGUGCAAGUUAAGAAUUUCUCAAAUAUUUAAUUUCUACAAUACUAUACACUUUCAAUAACAGUCUAUGUUGGUUUUAAAAUCAAGUUAAAAAAUUCUUUUAAAACCUAAUAUAUGAAAUUGAGUCUUGUUAUAUUUCAAAAUUACUAAUUAAAUUGCUUUUUUUAAAAAGCAUUAAUAUAUAUGUAUUUUUAUCAAUUAUUUUUUAGAUUAAUGAGUGAAUUACAGAUUCUAUUGGUUUUAAUAUGAUUUUUUUUCUGUUUGAAUCACUUCUACCAGAAACUUUCCUCUAACCAUUGGCUUGUGUAUUACUUUUUCUCAAAAUAAAUUUUCUUUAGUAGGAUUAUUGAGAAAGUAUCUUUCUGAUUUUUCUGUAGGUUUUUAUAAUGGUUGGGAAAAUAUUUCGAUUUUAUUUUUGUAUUAUAAUUCUGUUUUGGAAAAAUUAAAUAAAGAUUUUUAUUCAGUUCUAUGCAGAGAAAAUUUUUUUGGUCUAACGAAAGAGCUUGAAAAUUAUAAAUAGAUCAAUUUUAUAUAUUUUUACAACGGUUUAUAAACAUUGUAAAAAAAUUGUUAUGGCAAUUAAAAACAUUUAAUCUAAAUUUUUCCCUCUGAAUAGUUUUUCAUUAACAAAUAUAUUUGCUUUAUAAUGUAUUACUUUCCCAACAUACCAUAUGGCGGUUUUGGUUCUUUUAUUAUUUAUUAAUGAAAGUUAAUUGUGACUUAUGGCUAAAAAUAAAUAUUAUUUAUUUUAAUUCAAAUAGUAUUCAAUUUUUAAUUAUUUAAAAUAUCUAAGUAAAGAUAACAAUAACAUUCUCUAAUGGUAUUGAUGUAUUAUAGUUAAUAAAAAUCUAUGAUGUUUAAGACAUUUGAAACCUGAUAUAUUAUCAAUGAAGUAAUAAUAUUAUAUCUGAGAUUUUAUUACCUAUAGUAAUCAUGAUAAUAAACAAGUUAAAACAAUUUUUAGAUUCUGAGCAUUAGCGAGAAAUGUAUAUUGGUUUAUUAUCUUAAUAAACAAGUUUAACUGUUCAAGCAAUUGAAAGGUUGACUGAAACAACCGGUUAUGUCCACUAACAGAAAUUACUUUUUAAAUCUUGGUAUUACAAAAUGUUUAAGCCCUUAAACACACAGUAUUGUUAUUUUAGAUGGUCCUAUGUUAUUUUUAAUCAUUAAAUAUUAAACAUGUCCCCGUUUUUGACCAUUAUAUUUACUUUUAUUUACAUUUUUAGGAAAAACAUUCAUUAAUAAUAAAGUUGAAUAUUGUAUUUUUACACAUUUUCUAGACAUUUUUCUAAAACUUAUAUGUAACUUAUAUUGCAUCUAAAUAUCCUAUAUUUUUAUAAAUAUUUGUAUGAUGUAUAUCAUAUCCUUUUCUUGGUAAUUAUUUUAAUUAAGUAUGAUUUGUAGUUAUUAGACACUAGUUAUUUAAAUACCAAACCUACAUUAAUAGAUUGUAUAUUAUCAAACAAAACAGAUAAGUUCAAUACAGUACUAUUAUCCUAAAAGAAAAAUUAAAAAAAUCUAUUAUUUAUAUAGACUCAAAGAUAAUUUUCUCCUUUAUAUUUAAAUGUGAAAAAUUGAUUUUGUUUAAAAGAUGGACUUAUCCAUUUGUUGUAGUUGACCGUUCAAUUUUUCGUAAUGAAUUUAUGAUGAAAGUUAUAUAGACAUUUGAAACCUGAUUAUUUAAAUGAAUUAAUAUAUUAACUGAGAUUCAAAUAAAUAUAAUUUUAUCGGAAACUAGCAUUAUUAAAAAUUAAUAAAUAUUUACUUCAUUAAAACUAUUAAAUGACUGAAUUUUAAAGGUUUGGUAUCCGGUGGUGGUCGUAUUGACAAGCCUAUGUUGAAGGCUGGACGUGCAUACCACAAAUAUAAGGCCAAGCGUAACUGCUGGCCUAAGGUUCGUGGUGUUGCUAUGAACCCUGUGGAGCAUCCUCAUGGUGGUGGUAACCAUCAACAUAUUGGUAAAGCAUCGACAGUCAAGAGAGGAACCAGUGCCGGAAGAAAGGUAAAUUAUUAUUUAACUAUAAUUUUAACCUACAGUACUCUAAUUUUUCUUUUUAAAAUUUUAGGUCGGUCUCAUUGCUGCCAGGAGAACGGGUAGGAUUCGUGGUGGUAAAGUGGUCACUAAGAAGGGUGAUGAUUAAUCUGAGUAUUGUCGUGUUUGUAUUUAAUUUUACAAAUAAAAAAAAAAAAUCCAACAAAUUGAUUAUUGUUUUUUUGUCUAACUAGUAUUUCUUUCCUAAAUUGGUAUCUUAAUAAAUAUUUGAAAUAAGUUUAUAUAAAUACAAGAAUAACUUUAAUUGUGUAUGUGAAAAUACUAUUGGCAUUAUUGGACUUCGAAGUAAGAACACUUAAAUAUUGCAAAAUGCCAUAAAAAUAAAUGAUAAUUAUUAUCAGUUCCAAAGUUUUUAACUGUCUUAAAAUUUUAUUAGUACAUUACUUCAAUAAUAAUUAUGAAAAGGUAUGUAUAUAAUGGUGUGU